UUAUGCUCAUAAAUUGAUGAGAGGACACUCAGGGGGAGAAGUUGGAUCAGGCCACACCAAAGCUCGGCCUUUGUUCCCUCUCUGCUUCCGGUUCUCUGUCACCAAAACUGUUUGACUUUCGCUGCUGUCAACAUUUGUGGUGAUCUCCUCCUAUCAGCUUCUUGUUUUCUUCAGGUUUCACCAACUUUUCCCUGACUUUACUCCAGUCAGAAGGAGAACGGGCAGGAGGAUUCGAAAGAAUAAAAGUCAUGUGUUGCACGGGAAAGUGUGCCCGCUUGGUGGGCCUGAUCCUCCUGACCACAGCCUUGAUCUCCAUGGUCUCCAACAUUCUGCUGUUCUUCCCUGAUGGGAAGAAACUGGAGAGCGAUCAGAUCUCCCUCCAGGUCUGGCUCAUGGGGGGAGUCAUCGGCGGAGGCCUGUUUAUUCUGUGCCCGAGCUGCUCGGCCAUCAGAGCAGGGGGCAAGGGUUGCUGUGGACAAGGUUGCUGUGGCAACCGUUGCCGGAUGCUGAACUCAGUCUUUUCUUCGGCUUUCGGUCUUCUUGGAGCUAUUUACUGCAUCAGCGUGUCUUCAGCUGGCCUGGCUGUUGGACCCAAGUGUCAGAACAUUGAGAACAAAUGGUUAUACCCUUUUGAGAACUUUGACGAGAAUAGUGGGAACUACCUCACCAACCAGACCACAUGGGAUCUGUGUGUGUUUCCCAAAAACGCUGUCCUGUGGCACAUUGUGCUGUUCUUCAUCCUGCUGUUCAUGGGCCUGCUGCAGAUCGUCCUGUGUGGCAUUCAGGUGAUCAACGGCUGCAUCGGAUGCAUCUGUGGCGACUGCAGGGGCGACGACAAGGAUAGUGAUAGCGGGCUCUGAAGAUGCUAAUCCAGCAACAUCCUGCCGCCUAUGAGAUGCAUGUUCAAGGAAGCAAACCUGCGGAGAUUUUUAAACGUUUUUUGGUAUUUAAAAAAGCUCAUCAUAUUCAUGUAUUUCCUUUUUUAAACAUCUUUUUGGUGUGUAUUAUUGGACAUAAAAAGAGCUGAUUUUAACAAAUGUUUUUUUUUUUAUGUAAAUCACUGUAUUUGCACUAUGAAGUUCAUUGGGUAAAUUUUUUGAAACAAUAAAAACAGUCUUUAAACAAUUAA